AUGCUUUACUAUAUAAUAGAGCAAAAAAAAAUUAGGAUAUUAUGCCUAGUUAUACUUUAUUACUUUAGUUUCCUUAUAACAAUUCAAGCAAAUGCAAACAAUUAUAUGUUGAAAAUUCACGAACCAUUAAAAAAAUUAAAAAGAGGAAGUACUUAUAAAUAUGAUAAACGUGACGUAAAAAACAUUAUGGAUUUCUCUUUUGUAUCUAAAAAUGAGGUGAAAGAAAAGGAUCCACACGUUGAAAAAGAGAAAAAGGAAGAUGAUAAAUCUUUAACAUUGGAAAAUGAAAAGAAAAACAAAGAAAAAAAAAACAAGGAUAAAAAAAAGGAAAAAAAAAUAAAUUUAGAUGAAAUGGAAGAACAUAUAAGUGAAGAUGAAGAAGAAGAACGAGAUGAAGAAAUAGACACCAUUAAAAAAAAAGGAAAAGAAAAAGAUAAUAGAAAAGAUGAAGAAAAAAAUGAAAAUAAAAAAAAAGCAAAGGGAGAUGAUGAAGAUGAAGAUGAGGAUGAAGACGAAGAAGAAGGUGAAGGUGAAGAUGAAUAUGAUGAUGAAGAUGAUGGAGAAAAAAAAAAAAAAAAUGAAAAUGAAAAAAAAAAUAAAGAUAAAAAAAAAGGAAAUGAAAGUAGUGAAGAACAUCAUGAAGAAAAUAAUGAAAAAGAUAAAAAAAAAGAAAAAAAAGAAGGUGAAAAAAAUAAUCCAGAAGGAAAAGAAAACACAGAAAAUUUAAAACAUGAUGAACAAAAAUCUGAUAUAUAUCCUAUCAUUACUAAUGGCGCACAAAACAUGACACCAACUUUAGAAAAUAAUAUGCAAACAAAGGAAGAAAAAAUUACUCCUGAAAAGGAUACAAAAACAAAUGAAGAUUUACAUAUACCUGAAGAUAUUAAAAAAAACUUCAUGAAAUUACUAAGAAGUGUUGUUGAAGUUAACAAGAAUGAUUUAGAUAAAAAAGAAAACACUCAUUUCAGAGAGGGCGAAGAUAAAAACCAUGGAGUAUCACCAUUACAUGAUAAAUAUAAUAAUGGAAAUGAAUUACAUAAUUCUUUAUCACUUUUAAAUAAAAUUAUUGAACAUUUUAAAAAAUAUAUGAUUUAUUAUGCCAUAGGUUUCAUAGUUUUUUCUGUUUUUGCAUUGUCCUUGCAAUGUUCAGACUAG